GGAGGUCUCUUCUUCAAACUUUCAAUGGCAAGCAGAGUCUAUCAAACUGUGAGUUGCCGUGAGAUAAAUCAUGAAGAUUUUUAAACACUCAUAUUCUAUUCACCCAUGAUUUCUGUCAGUCACUCAACACCCAACGAAGGUUUGACAUGAAAAUUACACAGUGUUGCUAUGAUGCAAACUAAGAAAAGCAAAUAGCGAAUAAACGACAGCGGACCACAGAAACUGCAUAUAUUAGCCCAAUCUGCCAGUUUCUUUUCAAACUCUGUAAUUCUUUUCGCACCUUAAACUUCUGGAUUAUCUUUCCACAUUGUGGCAGACCGUAUUGCUUCUGCGAGAGUGAUUUCCUAGAAACUACAGCUUGUAUCAAUCUCUCACAGCAGACGCGAUUCUCAAAAUCUCUUCAGAACAAUGUCUGCAAUUCCCAUGUCUACGAUUCUCGAGAAUCCAAAAGUCAAUCUUAAGGCUAUUGACAAACUCAAUCUUCCAAACACCGGUGCCGCCGAAGUGAAAUUCGAGUACGUAAAGGGCUAUAUGUUUCGGGGUAUGAAAUUCCAAAGGAGCAAGCCGCCAAGAAACAACCAAAGUUGGAAAGACGAUGCGAGAGAUCCGCAUACUGAAGGUCAUAAUGGCCAUCUCAUCGGGGAUUGGUGGCCUUAUACGAUUAGCUUCCAGAGAGACAGGGCACAUGGAUCCAUACUGAGGGGGAUUGGUGGAAAGGCUGGUGUUGGAGCUGUGUCUAUUGUUGUGGGGUCUGGCGGUGGCAAGAAGGGCUACGAGAACAUUGACAAUGGUAACACCCUCGGAUAUUGUGGCGACGAAACAAAUUUGAUGGAUUUGAGCCUUGAGAAGGGCAUGUUGAUUCGAGUUAUUCGUAAAGCGAUUUCUAACUCUGAUCACGCGCCCCCUGUUGGCUAUAGAUAUGAUGGCUUGUAUAAAAUCACUGGCAAAAACCCCAUUCCAGAGAAGGAGGGAAAAUACCGAUACGAACUCGUACGGGUUGAGAAUCAGAAGCCUAUGAACCAGUUGCGUCCAACUGCUGAGGAAAUUGAUGAGUUCUAUAAGCAGGAUAAUUGGCUCAGCAAAAAGUGAUGCGAUAUCAAUGUAUUUAGUGUGAGAUGAAUUGGCAAUGCGGGUUUCUAUGAUUUACUAAGAUAUCACAAAUUCACACCAUAAUCUUCGAUCCAUUGAAAAAUUUGGCAUCUCCA